AUGGCGUCAAGGGACAAGAAACCAGCAAAGUCCUCAAGCAGUCGAGCCGGCGGUAUCCGUACUCUCUCUGAUCUGAACCGGCGGUCUGGACCUGACUCUGACAGCGACGAUGAGGAUGCUCCUCAAGAGUACUACACCGGUGGUGAGAAAAGUGGUAUGCUUGUCCAAGAUCCUACAAAGGGUAAUGACGUUGAUGCGAUUUUCAAUCAAGCUAGACAAUUGGGAGCUGUUGAAGGUCCUCUGGAUAAUCUUAAUCAAUCUUCAAGCUCAAGAAGCUUUGCUGGAACUGGCAGAUUACUUUCAGGGGAGACUGUACCAUCUGCUCCUCAACAACCUGAGGCUGUUGUUCACAAUAUUGUUUUCUGGACUAAUGGUUUCACUGUAAAUGACGGCCCCUUGAGGACGUUGGACGAUCCUGAAAACGCAUCAUUCUUAGAGAGCAUCAGGAAGUCUGAGUGUCCAAAGGAGCUUGAACCUGCUGAUAGAAGGUCCUCAGUUCAUGUCAAUUUGAUUAGGAGAGAUCAAAACUGCCCGGAGCCAGAGAAGCAGCGCCAUGUUGCAUUCCAAGGUGUAGGGAGAACUCUAGGAAGCAGCAGUGCUCCUCCUGCAACUGAACCAACAGCUGAUUCUGCUCCUCUGAACUCUGCUCCAGCCCCUUCGAUGGGCCUGGUUGUGGAUGAAGCACUGCCAUCGACUUCGAUUCAGCUUAGGUUGGCUGACGGGACCCGCAUGGUGGCCCACUUUAAUAAUACCCACACAGUCAAUGACAUUCGGUCCUUCAUUGAUGCAUCCAGGCCUGGGGGUGCUCAGAAUUAUCAGCUGCAGUUGAUGGGAUUCCCUCCUAAGCUUCUUACCGAUCCGACUCAGACCAUAGAGCAAGCAGGCCUUGCCAAUUCCGUCGUUAUUCAGAAAUUCUAG